CUGCGGCUGCCCAGUCCUCGCUUCGGAUCCCGGCGAUGACGAAGGUCCACCCGAACGCGUCCUCCGGCGGAUGCGAGGCGGCGGCGCUGACGGUUUGGCGGAAGUCGCUACUCUUCCACGGCGACGGGUUCACCGUCUUCGACGCGAAGGGGAAUCUUGUGUUUCGAGUCGACAACUAUGCCUCCGGGAGUAAAGGGGAGAUCGUCCUCAUGGAGGCCGACGGGAAGCCUCUGUUAACGAUUCGAAGGAAGAAGCUUAGUCUGGGAGAACACUGGCUGAUCUACCAAGGGGAGGAGGUGGCCAACCCGCGGUUUGCGGUCAAGAAGCAAGUAAACCUCAUCAGUUCCAGGUCGGUGGUGCAUGUGACCCCGUGUUCCUCCCGCGCCAAGUCCUGCCUCGCCUACGAGGUCGAGGGCUCCUACUCGCGGCGAUGCUGCGCCGUCUACGACGACGGGCGGCGGCAGCUGGCGCAGAUCAAGCGAAAGGAGCCGGUCGGCGGUGUCGCCUUCGGCGCCGACGUGUUCCGCCUCAUCGUCGAGCCGGGGUUCGACGCCACCCUCGCAAUGGCCAUCGUCAUACUGCUCGACCAAAUGUUCGGGUCUCGUGGAUCGCUUCUGAGAGUCUGAGUCUCUUCUGCUGUGUCUUCUUCUAUGGCUUGUGUGCAUGUAGUGGUCCGUAGAAUGGCUGUAAAAAGGAUAGCAAAUCAUGUAAAAGAAGAAAAGGGAAGGAGAGAUGAGAGGGUAAGGAAACAAAACUCUCUUUUUUGAUGCUUCGUUUGGCAGAUGUUGUCCAAGGUAGCAGUUUGAGUGAGAGACUGUUUUAAUCAUUUCAACCUGUCGUAGUGUGAUGAAAUGAUGGAUUUGCUUCC